AUACAACAAAAGCCAGCAUCCUCAGCUCGCGACAUCCUUGAUGGAUUGCAGGGUCCUGCUGGUAUCUGAGCUGGUGCACCUACCACGAUUCACGAUGGCUUCUUUGGAUCUGGAUGCUCUCUAUUCUCUAUACUGUAUCAAGAUGGUACAGCAGUACGAUGCUGCGCUACUUCUAUUCCCGCAAUUCUCCAUGUACUUCUGUUAGUAACGAUUUUAUACGCAGUAAGCAGCAGCCUGAGUUUACACUUGAGAAAAGGAGAUGGUUUACCCGCGGAUGGACACUGCAAGAGCUCGAAAAGAUACCGAAGCGGAACGUGCUAAAGAAGCUAACGUUAUUCUCGCCUAGAUUAGGCAACUUAUACAAGCGGAUGAUACAGCAAAUGAGCGAGUCUGAUGACGCCGCCGUCUGUCGCUGUGUGCUGACUUCUUGUUUGCAUCGAAAUGCACCACGCUCAAUACAAUUAUAUAUAUCUGGGGUCUGUUAAUAGUGAGAAUGGGAGUUUAGAAGCCAGAGAAUUACAAUCAUUUAAUGUCCAAUUGCGUAGAAUAUACACGCGGACGUAUGGACGCAUUAAGGUUAGAG